ACCGGCGACGUGCUUGUUUCCUCCGAUUCCUCUUUCGAUCCGCCAUACAUCAUGGAUGGUAUAAUUACGAACGGCUCCUCGGAGGCGCUUCCUCCUAUGCCCCCUCCAGAACCCAUCGAACGUCCUCCCACCCCUCCCCCGCCUCCAGAAGAUUCCUCCGCUCCUCCUCCGCCGCCAGACACGUCCGCUCCUCCGCCACCACCGGAAGAUCUUCCACCUGCUCCACCGCCAGAGCCAGAACUCAAGAAAAAGAAAGUCGGAUGGGGUGCUCCGAAGAAACCCGCUGCUACGCCCCUGAGUGUCGAGGAGCUGGUGCGCAAGAAACGAGAAGCUGAUGCCGCAGCUGCCAAGCCCAAAUUUUUGUCAAAGAAGGAACGAGAAAAGCUUGCCCUCGAGAAGCGCGCCAAGGAAGUCGAAGCUGCUCGGAGACUCAAGUCCGACCCAACGUCCUCCAACGGAGUCAACGGCACAUUCUCCGUCCCGUCUUCAGAAUCGCACUACAAUGGCAAUUCUCGCUCGAUCCCCACCGGUCCUCGGGCCAUGCGCAACUCCUCCGAUGCGCCUAACGCGCCGGCCGCGAUGCGCAACAACAAGAACUACGAUCUCUCACCUCCUCCCCCUCCCAAAGCGAUGUCGUACAGUCUGACCAGUGGCGCUGGCAAACACAAUAAGAACCGACGAAGCGCCGUGGAUGACGCCGAGGAGGAACAAGCAGCACAAGCCGCUCUCAUCAAGCAACGGUACAUGGGCGCUGAUCAAACGUCAAACUUUUCCGCGAAGAAGAAACGCAAGCGCACGACGGAUCGCAAAUUCAACUUUGAAUGGAACGCCGAGGAAGACACUAGCGGCGACUACAACCCGCUCUACAAACACCGACAUGAGGCCAACUUCUUUGGCCGCGGCCGUCUAGCUGGUUUCGGUGAUGACGUCGCUGAUGCAGUGGCCAAGAAUUACGCGAGGGCCCUUGAAGACCGCGACACCGAAGCGGGCAGCAUCCGCGCGCGCGAAAUCCUGGAGAUGGAACGCCGUCGCCGCGAAGAAAGCACACGCAAUCAGUUGGAUAAGCACUGGUCCGAGAAGAAACUCGAACAUAUGCGCGAGCGAGACUGGCGUAUCUUCAAAGAAGACUUCAAUAUCAGUACCAAGGGUGGCAGCGUGCCGAACCCGAUGCGCUCGUGGGACGAGUCGGAGCUUCCUUCGCGUCUCCUGGAACUCAUCGGCCAGGUUGGCUACAAGGAGCCCACCCCCAUUCAACGCGCAGCUAUUCCAAUUGCUAUGCAAAAUCGCGACCUCAUUGGUGUGGCUGUCACCGGUUCCGGUAAAACAGCAGCCUUCCUCCUCCCGCUCCUCUGCUACAUUGCAGAGCUUCCUCGGAUCGACGAAUUCGAAUGGCGCAAAAAUGACGGACCAUACGCUAUCGUGCUUGCGCCCACCCGUGAAUUGGCGCAACAGAUCGAGAUCGAAGCCAAAAAGUUCACUCAACCACUAGGAUUCAACGUCGUUAGUAUUGUCGGUGGUCACUCGUUCGAAGAACAGGCCUACAGUCUCCGCGACGGCGCGGAAAUCAUCAUUGCUACUCCCGGUCGUCUCGUUGACUGUAUCGAACGCCGGAUGCUCGUCCUGAGUCAAUGUUGCUACGUGAUUAUGGAUGAAGCCGAUCGAAUGAUUGACUUGGGUUUCGAAGAACCGGUCAAUAAGAUUCUAGAUGCUUUGCCCGUUACCAACGAGAAGCCCGACACUGAGGAAGCCGAAAACUCUAUUGCCAUGAGCCGCCAUAUCAACUCGAAUCAACCAUCCCACCUCCAACGUUAUCGUCAAACUAUGAUGUACACAGCCACUAUGCCUUCAGCCGUCGAACGUAUCGCUCGGAAAUACCUCCGUCGCCCGGCGAUCGUGACUAUUGGUAGUGCCGGCGAGGCCGUCGACACGGUUGAGCAGCGCGUGGAAAUGAUUGCGGGAGAAGACAAGCGCAAGAAACGCCUCGGCGAGAUUCUGUCGUCAGGCGAUUUCCGGCCUCCGAUCAUUGUGUUCGUCAACAUCAAGCGCAACUGCGAUGCCAUCGCUCGGGAGAUCAAGCAGUGGGGCUUCUCCUCGGUUACGCUGCACGGUAGUAAGACGCAGGAGCAGCGUGAGGCAGCGCUGGCGUCCGUUCGCAAUGGGUCGACGGACGUGCUGGUGGCGACCGAUCUGGCUGGUAGAGGUAUCGAUGUGCCGGAUGUCAGUCUCGUCAUCAACUUCAACAUGGCGACGAGUAUCGAGAGUUACACGCAUCGUAUCGGUCGUACGGGUCGUGCUGGGAAGAGUGGUGUGGCCAUCACCUUCCUGGGCAACGAGGAUUCGGAUGUUAUGUACGAUCUCAAACAGAUGCUCAUCAAGUCGCCUAUCUCUCGGGUCCCCGAGGAACUUCGUAAGCACGAGGCGGCCCAGUCGAAGCCCACGCGAGGUAUGCCCAAGAAGAUUGAGGAGAGCUCGGGAGGUGGUGGCAAGGGCAAUUGGUAGUUCAACCUUUCAGCGGGCUUGGUUUGCGAUGAACAAUACCAUUUCUCAUCAUUGCAUAUUUUAUAUCAGCUAGAUAUCUU